ACGCAGUGGAAGGCUACAAUGACAUUUGAGAACAUUCUUUCAGAUAUAAAUGGAUUUGGAACAUUUCAGAUUAUGAUCCUUGCAAACAGCUUCAUUGGUCGCUUCACGCUACCCUGCCACUUCAUGUUAAACAACUUCAUAGCGGCUGUUCCUGCUCAUCACUGCAACUUCAGCUCUCUGGAUGAUGGAAGCAUGUUCCAAAAUUUAUCUGCUGCAGAAAGACGUACCGUUAGUAUUCCAGUCCAAGAAGAUGGGACUCCAAGCUCCUGUUACAUGUUCACAGAACCUCAGUAUCAUCUGCUCCUCAACUCCUCCAACAGCGCUGAUGCACCUGUGGUGCCGUGUCAGAAUGGAUGGGUGUAUGACAAUUCCACCUUCAAGACUACAAUCACCUCAGAGUGGGAUUGUGUCUGUGAUAAAAGAGGGCAAAACAAAGCCACUGCUACCAUCUUCUUUGUUGGUGUGAUGGGUGGAGCCGUGACCUUCGGCUAUCUGAGUAACAGGUUUGGCCGAAGGAUCAUGCUGCUGGUCUCAUACGUAUCUGGAAUGCUGUUUGCUGUUUUGAGUGCUUUUUCAACAUCUUACAUGAUGUUCAUGGUGCUUCGGUUCUUCACUGGGUUUUGUAUCACUGGCAUCGUGAUUGUCUCAUCAGUCCUCAGUGUGGAGUGGGUGGACAUUGAACACAGGAAAUUGGUGGGAGUGAUUGACAGCUUGUCUUGGACAGUUGGGAACAUGGGCUUUGCUGUUAUUGCUUACUUUGUGACUGACUGGCGGUGGCUAAUUAUUAGUGUCACAUCACCACUCAUCUUGGCAAUCGUCACCUGGAGGUGGAUGCCAGAGUCGGCAAGGUGGCUCAUUACUCAUGGAAAGUUUGACCAAGCACUUGCUUAUCUACAAGCAUGUGAAAAGAUGAACCAUGCAGAGGUCUUAACUUACACACUGAAUAAAGAGACACUUUCCAGCAUUGUUGUGACAGAGAAGAAAGACCGUGUCUAUUCCUACCUCGAUCUGGUACGAACAACAAAGAUGAGAAAACUGUCCCUGCGAACUGGUACCCUAUGGUUUUGUGUAGCAACUGCAUUUUAUGGCAUCAGCUUCAACAUCACUGGCUUCGGGCUGAAUUUGCACCUCACCCAAUUUGUGUAUGCCUUAAUUGAGCUACCAGCCAAAGUAUUAGUUUACUAUUUACUGGAUAAAAUAGGCAGAAGAGUCUCUGAAACAGGAGCUCUAAUGAUGGUCGGUCUCUGUCUUGGAAUCAACAUUGUUAUUCCAAAAGAUAUUUCUGCUGCCAGGACGACAGUAGCAGUCAUUGGAAAAGGAUUGUCUGCAGCAUCAUUUACAACUCUUGUCCUCUACAGCGCCGAGUUAUACCCCACUGUUGUAAGGCAAAACGGUAUGGGCUACAACUCGUGCAUGGCUCGACUUGGUGUGGCACUGACGCCUUUGAUCCUCUUGCUGGAUGAGUUCUGGAAACACCUGCCCCAGAUGGUCUUGUGCUCUGUUGCUGUGCUGGGAGGAAUCGUGGCAAGCACUCUAUCAGAGACACGCAACAGGUGCCUCCCAGAAACCAUCGAGGACAUAGAACAGUACUGGUAACAUCUUGGUACCACUGAUUUCAGCAAAUGUUUUUGCAAAUGUGUUUGGGAUACCUUAAGAACUGAAGACAGUUGAAAGAUAUUUGGGAAGAUGGUGAGAUGUUAAUCUGAUGUUUUAAAAUUAAAACACAAAACUGUGUACUUUUUAUGAACAAAUAACUUACCCAAACACCAGAAAUGGGAAAAUGUACAUUUAUGAUG